AAAAAAUUAUCAAUGAAUUCGAAAUUUCACUAAAAGGACGAUCGUUGAAAUAACGAACAGUAGGAAUUGAAAAAAGUUCAUUUUUAAUGAUUUCUCCCCUAUUUAACGAAAAUAAUGGAGUAUAAUUAUGAUGAACCUUUUAUGCCAGUAGAAUGGAAUUUUCGAAGAAAAGUAUGUUACUACCUGGACUUCAUUACGGUAGAGCCAACUUUAUACCUAUACAUGAUGGCAUUCAUGAUAACUUCAGUAUUAGAGAAUGCUUUUUUUGUAGAUAAAGCAUGUAGAGUGAAUCACCACUUAAAUGAUACCAUAUGUGGUGAUAUUGCUAAUAAAGCAUAUUCAGACUUGAACCGAGAAGUUCAGGUAACUGUAUCCAAUUUUAAUUUAUGGAAUGAUAUUGCCGGACAUACUGGUCAAAUCAUUCUUGCUCUUUUCAUGGGGGCUUGGUCUGACAAACGUGGCAGGAAAAUGCCACUUUUGAUUGGAUUGAUAGGCAAGUUUUACUAUUCUGUCAUGGUUGUUGUUAAUUCUAUGCAAACUACAUGGCCCGUUGAGUACAUAGUUUAUACUGCUACUCUGCCCAUGGCUUUCACGGGAGCCGACGUUGCAAUUUUUGCUGCUGCAUUCAGUUAUCUUGUUGAUGUUUCCAGCUCAGAAAAUAGGACACUGAGAGUAACUCUUUUGGAGGUGAUCUACUUGUCAACUAUGCCCACUGGUAUUGCAUUAGGAUCUUACUUAUUCAGGAAAGUUUUCAACAAGUCAUAUACCAUGAUGUUUACUCUAAAUGCCAUCCUUAUGUUUCUUGCCAUUGUUUAUAGUCUUCUGAGGCUGCAAUGGAGGACAACAAAUGAACAGAGUCCCUUGCCAAAGUUGAGAUAUAUCGUAUGUGACUUUUUCGAUUAUAAUCAUGUAGUUUUUACCUUCAAGACUGUCUUCAAAGAGAGAGCAGCAAAUAGAAGAAGAUACUUGCUUCUUCUUAUAACUAUGAUGGGUUUAUACACAUUCCAAAGAGAUGAAAAGAAUGCCUGUUAUUUAUACUUACAAAAUGUUUUCCAUUGGAGUUUCAAACAAAUCAGCAAUUUCAGUACAUUUAAAUCUGCUUUCCAAGAUAUUGGACUCAUCACUGCAAUACCAUUUAUGAGCAGAGUUCUGGGAUGGAAAGAUACUAUCAUUGUGAUGAUUGGUGCAUUUGCUCAUACAAUAGCAAGGAUAUUUUUUAUCAUAGCUGAGACUGAUGUUAUUUUUUAUACAGGUGGCGCUUUUGCUGCUCUGGGUCCUAUCGUGGCUCCUGUUAUUAGAUCUAUGGUUUCUAAAAUUGUCGCAGUCACAGAAAAGGGAGCUGCGUUUUCGAUUUUAUCUGUCGCUGACAAUGCCAUUCCAGUUAUUUCUGGUGUAAUGUACAGCAAAUUGUAUAAUUGGACGAUUGAUUCUGCCCCCUUCGCUAUUUUUUUCUUGACCAUGUGCACACAGUUGGGUGUUUUAAUAGCUGUAGUGUAUAUACAUUUCUCAGCAAGACGGGAAGAAAAUUUGAUUCAUACAGAAAAAAGGGAAGAGAGGGAUUCUGUAUCAGAAGUCUAUAAUACAUAAUAACUUCGAAAUUUAUGGAUGGAAUAUUUGCUCAAACCCUAUUUUUGUUCCCUAAAGGAGACUAUCUUAACGAUAAAGUGCACCUUUUUACUUAAAACAAAAAUAAAUAAAAAAUAUAAAUAAAAAUUAAAAUAAAAUAAUUAAAUAGAAAUAACAAAUAA